CACAUUUUGGUAGUUAUAAUGACCGGAUGUCUCGCCGUUAUGGCUGCAGCAGCCAACCUUCCUCCUCAGAUUUUAGAAUCAAUUUUCUCCUAUUUAAAUAUAUCUGAUUUAAGAACAUGUUCCUUAGUGUGUAAGAAAUGGUAUAAGUUUUUGAACGAUGAAAAUAAUGAUGUAUGGCGGUUUCACUGCAUACGAAAAGUGACAGAACAAGUUCUAAAGUCUGACAUUUUGAAAAACGUUCCAACAUAUAAAGCGAAACUGCGAGCAUUUUUCCAUAAUUGGAAUUUAAAUGAUUGUUCAAAAAACAUUGUAGUGAAAUCUGGCGGAUUUACAGUUCACAGAAAUCCAGUAGCUCAAAGUACGGAUGGAGCUAGAGGGAAAAUAGGUUUUAAGACAGGUCGACAUUGUUGGGAAGUGUGGUGGGAAGGACCUUUAGGGACAGUAGCUGUGAUUGGAUUAGCAACUAAAAAAGCUUCAUUACAUAAUAUAGGAUAUGUCAGUUUAUUAGGAGGAGACGAUCAGAGUUGGGGAUGGAAUUUAGUUGACAAUCACCUGAUACACAAUGGUGAUAGUCAAGGCAAUUAUCCUACAUUAAAUAAUGCUCCAACCUAUCAGGUUGGAGAAAGAAUAAGAGUAAUACUUGAUUGUGAAGAUAAUACAUUAGCGUUUGAAAAGAAUUAUGAAUUUUUAGGUGUAGCUUUCCGUGGACUGCCUGACACACCAUUAUACCCCUCAGUAUCUGCAGUUUAUGGAAAUACAGAAAUUUCUAUGGUUUACUUAGGACCACCCUUAGACGGAUGAUUUUAUGUGUCAUUUUAUAGGCUUUAUAUAAAUUUGUUAAUUGAUAUCUAUAUAUGGUUGUACUGUUAAAAUAUUCCAUCCAGAAUACAUGUGAAUUCAAAAACCCACAUAAGUUGCACAGUCAAAUUUUUUAGCAAAAUUGUUGGCAAAUUGAAAAAAAAGAUUAAAAAGCUGAUGUUCAUUAUUAAAAUAUAGUGUUGUCAUUUAGCAUAACUGAAUGAUUGGUUCAUCUGUGAUAGCAUGUGUACAUUACAUGUAUGUAUGUGUGUUUCUCUUACAACUGGAUGGAAAUUUUAAUGGACAAUCCUAGUUACAACAAUGUUACGUAAUUCAUUUGCAGUGAUCAAUAAGAAAAUGCACUAUUUUACACGGAACUACAUGUACUUGCAAGCAUUUUCUUCCUAUAGCUUAAAUGAAUUGAGAAAAUUAAUUAGUUAUACCAUAUCUUCCCCAUUUUAUCAUGAAUGUGUCAUCUCAUUAGACACUCCAACCAUACAUUUGGAAGUAAAGAGUCAGUCAUUAUAUUAAUGAUUUUUUGUUUAUUGCAUUGCAACCUAUCCAUGAUGUUUUAUCUGGACAUUCUGCAUUCUAUUAUUUAAACAAACAAAACCUAAUGUAUUUGAAUAUAUGUGUAUGUGUAAAUGUGAUCAUGGGUUGGACAGAAACAUUUUCCCAAAUAUUUUUCUUUUAAAGUUCCUUAUAUGUUAUAUGGAAAUCACUUAUUUUUCAUUCAGAAUUUUCAUUUAAUAAAAAAAUUAAGUUAUUUUCAUAAAAUGAAAAUUUUGAAUGAAACAUAAUUGAUUUCCAUAUAACAUAAGGUUGUUAUGUUAUGGCAUAUGGAAUUUGUCCUCAAAUUUUCAUUUUAAAGAAAUGAGAUUCAUGGUUGAUCAUCAAUUAGGUGUCAGUAUUUAGAUAUAUUUCCUCAGGCUAGAUUCAUGCUAGAUAGAUCAGAAAUGGGCAUUGAUUCCUAUUCAUGGAAAAAUUAGUAAAUUUGAAGUCAUUUUUGGCAAAAUCUGAUUUUCACUUUAAAAAAAAUAGUAUUUCAAUCCAUUCUGAUAAUUUGGGUUAAUUUCUAGGAUUAUCUGAAAUCCUACAUAGGAUAACUUAAAGAUUCAUAAAAAUUCCACAAUGGCAAAGAUGGUUAAUUGUGUAAAAGUCAGUAGACCACGAUAAUGAGAAAGAAGUUUAAAUUAUAUAUGAAGUGUUAAUAAACUUAACAUACAUACAUGUAGUGCUAUAUGAAUUUGACAAUUUGUAAAUUUAGCUAUAAAUCCCUAAGACAAAGACAAUGAAUGUUGUUCACAAUUCUCACUGGUCAGAUGUGGUGUAUUAUUUUGGGGUAGUCUGAUUAUUAUUUUCAGUAAUGUUUACUGUACAUUAUUGUUAAGAAAUUAUGCAUAAUACUUUUGUAGCUAGUCCAUUUUGAUUGGGCAUAGUUUUUCUAGUUAACAACAUAAAACAUUAUUAUAAAAUAAUUUGAAGAAAAAGAUAUAAUAGAAUAUUUUGAUAGAAAAGCAUUUAAAACACAUGUGAUAUGUUCUAUUUUUCUUAUGAAAUAUGGUAAGAAAAUGUAAGAUAAAAUCCACUUAUUAUGUACUUGUUAUAAAAAGUAAACUAGUAUUAAGUCUGAUGAAUGAAUACAAAAAUUUGUAGGCAAUUUAUUUAUUGGGUUUGGUAAAUCAUAAUUUAAUUACUGAACAAAAUUUGAUUGGCAGCUUCAUUACUUCAAUGUAUUUUGUAAUUGUAACAAAAAUACAUUAGUCUAUCUUUUACUAGGUCAUUAUGAAAGUGAACAUUUAGUUCUAACAGUAUAUGUUUUAAAAACAGUGUUAAGUUAUUUAUUAGUUAUGGAAUUAAAUGUUGAUAUUUGACAUUAGUACUGUUUGAUUGUGAAUUGUAAGAAUUUUGAAAAUCAUGAGAACAAACAGUUCGAGAUCAUCUUUGUUUUUCUUUUUUAUAUUACUAUAUAACAAGUUAUCAUUCAAAUCAUGAAAUGUAAAAUUUUUAUAAUUAAGAAACCAUGAAUUAUGAGGAUAAUGCAUAAACAUUAAUAGACAUCAUAAACGCUUCAAAAGAGUUUUAUAUUCUGCAACAGAUUUAAUAUUCAGGUUAAGUAAGCAAUUUCAUAUUUUGUAAUUUAAUAUUACAAAGGUGAUCUAUUAGGAUAUAGUGUUGUGGAUUCAUUUAUUUAUUGUUGGUAUCAAUUUUUGUGACUUGCAGAAACAUAAGUUAUUUUGAUUAUCAAUAAACAGUUGGUGUUUCUCUUCCGGCACUGUUGCUUUCUCCACCAAAAUCUGCCCCUAAGAAAUAUCACAAGAGUGCUGAAUUGAUGUUUUUUGUUAGAUAUUUAAAAUUCACCCCUUACUCAGGACACCUCCAGGAAAUAGCACAAGAGUGCUGAAUUAGUGUUUAUUUUGUUGAAUAUUUAAGAUUCACCCAUUUUAUAACACUUCCACGGUAGUGGAUUGAAACGUGCAUACCGGACUCCCCAGAUUAUCACUAGUGGUUAGAAAUGUGAACAUUUAUGGUACUAUGUUUGCACAUUAGGUAAUAGAGCCAAGCCUCAUUGUUCAAUCAAGUUAUAACAUUAUAGAAAUAGGCAUAGCUUUAGAAGAAUCAGAAUUUUCCAAAUGUAACUGUUUAAAUCAUGCAAGUAAUAACCAAUUUUUCUUACAAACUUCAAGAAGAUAUUAUAUUAAUAUCAAUGAGACCAAAACAUAAAAAAAAAUCAAAUAUGAACUGAAAAGACUGGUUUUUUGUGUGCAUUAUGGUUACUCAUUGCAUUCCUUUGUAUGGGAUUCAUAGGGAGAUACUUAACAAUUAAUUUUAUAGCAAUUCCAUGUAAUCGUUAGAAUAAACACUUUUUUCUAUAGCACAAAAAUUGAUACCUUUAUAGUCGACAAACAAGUUGAAUAAAAAAUUAAGUAACAGAUAAUUUUUAGAAUUAUCCAAAAUAUGAAGCCAUUGGAACAUUUUGGAGGGAAACCCAUGUACAUUAGUACUCCCAGGGAUUUUCAUUUUCAUUCAUUCACUGUUAGGUUAAAUAUCUAAUUUGAACGAAGAUUUCUUCAUGAUUUUUGUUUGAAUGACAGCAUAUCUAUGUAACCUCACAUUUGAAUUGUAAAUCAUUUAUUGUCUUUUUGUGCAUUUGAUUUGAAAAAAAUAUACACAGAACAGGUCCUAGAAUUUUAUAUGUGUUUGUGAAUGAAAUUGAUGCCAUUAUUUUCAUAGGAAUGUCUGUAUCUUUUAUUGUACAUUAAAAAGUUGUGUUAUCAUCUUGGAUCUGUGCCAACAUUUUCAUGAUAUUUUUGUGUGUAUAUAAUAGAUUGAAUAUACCUGA